GUUAUCACGGCCGGCAGACAGGAAUAAUGCCGAACAUGAAGCCCGUCACUUAACUGGGAGCUCUCAGGGUUUUGUUUUUUCAAGUCACCGCAGCUGCCGAAAAGUAGAGGGGGCCACACUGGGCAGGACUUGAGGAUGACUGAGGGUCCGAGGAAGCGGAGCAGCAGUGAUGGCGGCAGUCAGUCGGAGCCCCCAGGCUCCCAGUCAGGUGUGGGGAAAGAUACAGGAGGCAGCUCCGGGGUGGCUCUGAAAAAACAGAUAGGCCUAGUCAGCGCCUGUGCAAUUAUAAUAGGCAACAUCAUUGGAUCAGGGAUUUUUGUGAGUCCUAAGGGGGUCCUGGAAAAUGCAAGCUCAGUCGGUGUGGCCAUUAUUGUGUGGGUUUCCACUGGAGUUAUCACAGCCAUUGGUGCUCUCUGCUAUGCAGAGUUGGGUGUGACCAUCCCCAAGUCAGGGGGGGAUUACUCUUAUGUCAAGGACAUCUUUGGAGGACUGGCAGGGUUUUUGCGUCUGUGGAUUGCAGUGUUGGUUAUCUACCCCACUAACCAGGCUGUGAUUGCUCUCACCUUCUCUAACUACAUCCUGCAGCCCCUCUUCCCCUCCUGCAUCCCCCCGGAGAGUGGCCUACGCCUGCUGGCUGCUGUCUGCCUACUGUUGUUGACAUGGGUGAACUGCUACAGUGUGCGCUGGGCCACGUGUGUCCAAGACGUCUUCACUGCUGGCAAGCUUUUGGCCUUGGGUCUCAUCAUAAUCAUGGGUGCUGUUCAAAUAUGCAAAGGUCACUAUUACUGGCUGGAGCCAGUGCACGCCUUUGAGACCUUCCGAGACUACGAUGUCGGUCUGAUAGCUUUGUCCUUCCUACAAGGCUCCUUUGCAUAUGGAGGCUGGAACUUCCUCAACUACGUUACAGAGGAGUUGGUUGACCCAUACAGGAAUCUACCACGAGCAAUCUUCAUCUCUAUCCCUGUGGUCACCUUCGUUUAUGUGUUCGCCAACGUGGCCUACAUCACAGCCAUGAGCCCACAGGAGCUGCUGGCCUCCAACGCUGUGGCCGUGACAUUUGGAGAGAAAUUGCUAGGAGUAAUGUCAUGGAUCAUGCCUAUCUCUGUGGCGCUGUCCACCUUCGGGGGCGUCAAUGGCUCCUUGUUCACAUCGUCUCGGCUGUUUUUCGCCGGAGCGAGGGAGGGCCAUCUCCCACGUCUGCUGGCCAUGAUUCACGUCACACGCUGCACUCCUAUCCCAGCCUUACUGUUCACCUUGAUCUCCACUCUGCUGAUGUUGUGCACCAGUGACAUUUACACCCUCAUAAACUACGUGGGUUUCAUCAACUACCUCUUCUAUGGCAUCACUGUCGCCGGGCAGAUUGUGCUGCGCAUUAAAGAGCCCAACAUGUAUCGACCCAUAAAGGUAAGCUUGGUAUGGCCGGUGAUCUACCUGCUCUUCUGGGCCUUCCUGCUGGUCUUUUCUCUCUACUCUGAGCCCAUUGUCUGCGGUGUUGGUCUGGCCAUCAUGAUGACUGGUGUCCCUGUGUAUUUCCUGGGAGUCUACUGGGAAAACAAGCCACAGUGUUGUGAUAGUGCUAUUGGUAAAAUGACUCACCUGUGCCAAAAGCUUUGUUCAGUGGUUUAUCCGGUCCUGGAGGAGAAUCUGGCGCCCCAUGAGCCUCAGAGGAAAGAUGGAGAUGAUGAGGAUGAAGGAAGCCUCCGCGCAUAAACAAAGAGAGAAUGCCUCACAUCUUUUGGGGGUAAUAUGGCGCUUGGGGAAGACUCUCAGAAGUAUUGCAUACAUAAAUACAUAUUCACUUGUUCUACAGCACUAGAUCACCAUUAUUUCGAUGUAUGUUCUGGGAACACGCGUUAAAGAUGAAAUAUCACUUACUUGAAUUCAUGAAACACUGAAAUUAUGCAAGUCUUUUUCUUUUUUUUUUUUACAUUGGAAUUUAAAACCUUCUUCUUUUGUGUCUUAUUUGAGUGGGAGGUUAUGGGAAAAAGUUUUAAUAUGCAAGCUGUAUGUAUCGUUCAAGCUCUAUGCGUUGUUUAUAUUUUCAUCUCACUAUAGUAACACUAAAAUAAUAUUUCCCAGAUGGUUUAUGGGUUUUUAUUCUCACUGAACUCCUGACCAUGUUAUAUGCCAAACUGUAUUAAUUUAUUAAAAAGGUUCCCUUU